AAAAAAACUCAAAACUUGAAAAUAUAUAUAAAAAAACAUAGCAUUAUGGAGAAAGCACAUCAAGAUGCGUUGUUGGUCUUGCGCGAAAUGGAAAGCGUUCGCUGGUACCGAGGACUGUCAACUGAACAGCUCCAGGCGGCGGAAAAUCUGCGUCCCGCUAUACGCGAUGAUACCGAGCAGGGCACCACAUACCGUGUGGAAAGGUGCCUUCACUCAUUGGGUGUGAGUCCAAAGAUCCCAUCCAGAUACCUCAAGAUUGUUAUGAAUGUGAGUCAUGGCAACAAUUUGGCCUUUCUCUGGUUCCUAUGGGAAGCCUACUAUAAGCGAAAGAAUGGAGAAGAUAUUGAAAACAAGUACUAUAGCGUGACCGAGCAACUGAUUCUUUCUGCCAUCGCUCAUCUCGAUAUGCCUGCGACAAUGCGAGAACUCGAUCAGAUAUUGCCGCCACCCUCUUGCUCCAAGAAGUUUCAGGAUGCCGAACGCCGUCGGAUUCAAGCUCGCAAUACAGCCAAGGAGAAGCGUGAAGGUACUAAGCUCAGUGAUUACGUUUUACCCUACUUUGCACCGCAGCCACGACCAAAUGCCACAGCACCCAAAACCUUGCUCUCAUAUCAGACACGCAGGUGGUACUUCCCUGAAUACGCACACUUCAAAAAUUUGCCAAGCCAGGGCAAAGAAGCUGCCGCGCAUUGGUUCAUCAACUAUAAGCUGUCACCGGGCAAGCGCAUCACCAAAAAAAUACUCAGCUCCGAAAUCAAUCGUCUGUUCUUUCACGAUGGCCCAGUUACUAUGAAUGAGCAGGAGGAAUCGGUGCUUUGUUCUACCCAUCGUUCCCAACAGCAUUUGCUGGAGCUGAAGAAGGUGCGCCUAGCCGGAGGAACCUUGAAUCGCUGCAUGGAAAUGCUUGAUGUGCCGGCAGAGAAGCGGGAAAAGCAGACGCGGCGCAUUGUGCGCCAGUUGGAAAGAGAGAUUGAAGAUGCCGAGGUCUCAUGGCGACAAUACGCGCUACGCCAAUACACUCUACUCUACAAACUAAGUGGACCAGAUGCGGACUGCAAGUUGUGCCAACAUCUAAUGUCUUUGCCGCCUGUGGGUCCGCGAAAAAAAGCCGAUCUAUCGCUGCUUAUCGAUCUGAACCUAAAGAAGACCACCGCUACUCUGCCUGGAUCAAAGGAGCCGGCCAUUAAGGUGCUGAAGGUACGCGCUAAGGGCGAGGAAGCCCCCACCACGGAAUGCAAGGAGGUUGUGCUCAACAAGAAGACGGUACAAAAAGUAGAAACUCUGCAGCCCAAGAGACAUCGUAAGCCAAUAAGCAGUCGCAGAGGUAGUCACAGCAGUCGCAGUCGCAGCAGCAGCCGAGCCAGUUCUACUAGUCGUCGUAUCCUAAAGCCCUUGCCAGCUGAGAAUGCGCCAGUGCCAGUGCCAGAGCCGGAACCUCCAAAACCUCUGACUACAGACUUUAAGAACCUCAGUGAUCUCAUACCGGAAUGCAGUCGCUUAAAGCCCUUUCGGGUGGUCAGAGAAGAAGAAAAGAGUGAGCAAACAAUAGACACAUGGGACUCCUUUACCAGUCAGUCGAUAUUCAACACGCCGCAAUUGGACUACUUCAAGAUCUUUGAUCUGCCGGGAAUGCCUCCCCUGACCGAAGCAGAAGUGGCUCUGGCGGAGAAACAGGGUGAAUACCAAAUAGAUGACAAACAGCCAAUAAUUAAACAACUCUGCAUCGAUGCCUUGAAUAAAACAAUUGAGGACGAUGAUAAGAAACUUGAGUGCCAAGCAGCUCAGGCAAUGCAAUGCAGACAACCUCAGACAACUCCAGCAGUUAGAGGUUGGUUGUCUCAGUUUUUUGACGGGACUGUAACAAAUGCUGCCGAUAUGUGUGCGAUUAAAAUGCUAAAACAGAAUCUACAACGAAAGCCAGAAGGAACGACAAGUGACCCUGAUCCUGAAGCAGCGUGUGACGAGUUCAAUGUGUUGAAUAUAAAAACCGUCGAUCCAGACGAUGAACAGCUUUUAGCGACGUUGCUCAAGGCCGGGAUAAAACGAAUGAAGCGUAAUCCUGCCUUCGUUCUAGCAUCUAUGCCGAAUGCUCAUAAGAUGCCUAUUCUACUGAAUUGGCUGGCCGAUCGGUAUGGCAAGACCUACACCAUCAAUGAAAUAGACGAAAUGGUGAAAACCUCGACCUACAUGUACGACGCGGCCGAGCAAAUGCUCAAACAAUUUUCACCCAUUUUGGAAUCAGUUCCUAGGCGUAAGCACUUCAUGAGCCCUGCCGAGAAAGCAGAGUACGUUGAGAUGUGCGAGCAAAUACGUGGAAAGUACGAGGAGGAGAUCAAUAGACAGGCCAUGGAGGAAGCACGCCUCAUUUGGCUAGCAUUGCGUGGCUAUGCGCAUAUUCAGGGCUGUCGCCUGAUUAGGGACACCUUCUUUGCAUACAUGCCAUCCUGUGAGGACGACAUAAAGCGCUACAAGGCAUCCACUGCCAAAAACAAACGGGACAUGAUUAACAUGCGCAUGUAUAUGCGAUUAGCAAAAGAAUAAUCUCGCUGGGCAAUGGAGUGCUAGGCAGUGUCGGACGUACUGCACAGUCGUCCAGAUACUGUCACUUCAUUGCCCACUGAGAAAUGGACAGAUGGUCAAAAUUAUGGUCACAAAGAAAUUUUAGCGUUUUAAUAUAAAUAUUAUUUAUUAAAUAUUUUUAUUGUUCUUUUUAUAA